UUUCAAAGAUGGCGCAUGGAGGGGUGUCUGUCGCUGACUGCUGGGUGAAUUUUCAAAGGAAAUAAUCGGAGUAAACGUCGAUGAUGUGUUAUUGUUGACAUACAAAAAUUAUUUGUUUUGUGUUUGUGUUGCGUAGUGUUAAAAUAAUUGACUUCCGUAGUUUCGUUGCCUUUACUACCAGCUCAAAAUCUAUUUGUUGAUGCAAGAAUAAACUGUCACUGAAAGGUGUUCGCAGCGAAUGUAACGAUCAUUACCGCCGCGCCGGCACUCGUUCGCUGCUUUAGUGUUCGACCAUCACCUCGGCUGUUUGCACGAGGUCUAGCGGACCACGUUUGAUAUAUCGGCAUCAAGAUGGUCGUGAGUGACGCGAGCAUCCACAACAUAAUGGGAGGGAUGGAGAGCACUGGUGGUGUGCGUCUCCAUAACCACCGAAGGAAACUGAAGCAGAGGUUUGACAUAAUCAAGAAGCUGGGGCAAGGCACAUAUGGAAAAGUACAGCUAGGCAUAAACAAGGAGACUGGGCAAGAGGUUGCCAUAAAAACUAUUAAAAAGGCGAAGAUAGAGACAGAAGCAGACUUGGUAAGGAUACGAAGAGAAAUUCAGAUUAUGUCAUCUGUGCAGCAUCCAAACAUCAUUCACAUAUAUGAAGUAUUUGAAAAUCGUGAAAAGAUGGUACUUGUUAUGGAAUAUGCUGCUGGAGGAGAACUGUAUGACUACUUGAGUGAAAGGAAAGUAUUGUCCGAAGAUGAAGCUCGACGAAUAUUUAGACAAAUAUCAACAGCAGUUUAUUACUGUCACAAGCACAAAAUUUGUCACAGGGAUUUGAAGCUGGAAAAUAUUCUUCUGGACGAACAUGGAAGUGCCAAGAUUGCAGAUUUUGGUUUGUCGAACGUCUUUGAUGAGCAAAGGUUGUUGAAUACCUUUUGUGGCAGUCCUCUGUAUGCUUCACCUGAGAUUGUUAAGGGAACUCCUUACCAUGGCCCUGAAGUGGACUGCUGGUCACUUGGUGUUCUACUAUACACAUUGGUUUAUGGAGCAAUGCCUUUUGAUGGCUCCAAUUUCAAACGUCUUGUGAGACAAAUCUCCCAAGGAGACUACUUUGAACCAAAGAAGCCAUCACCUGCAUCACCUUUAAUUCGAGAAAUGCUGACUGUAACACCUGGUCGGAGAGCUGACAUUGAGAAGAUAUGUUCCCAUUGGUGGGUGAAUGAGGGAUAUGGAGAGUCUUGUUUAGAAAUAGCAGAAGAACUGGCGAACCAAACACCUGUUCGUCUGGAUCUCUUGCUGUCACUAGCACCACCUGCACCAAAUGUUGGCAGUGACAAGUUGUUAGUGGGAGCUGAACAGGAUGGAGGUGCUACUGGUAUGGGAAAUGAUGUCUUAACAUCAGUACCAGCCCGCUGUCAUUCUGUAGGCAGCCUCAUGGAACUUGACCAUCGUCCAUCAGAUGUUAUUUUGGAAGAUGUUGCAGGCAAGGAUACAGCAAAGAGGAAACUUGAAGGAGGUAUCUCCACAGAAGAAGCAAAUCGGGGUGCAUCUAAAAGGAAAGAAAGAAGUAGACGCUCAACUCGUGAACGAAGCUCAGAACGACACAGAGGUCGAUCAAGUAGUAGGAGUAAGCAGAAAUCUGAUUCAGUAUCUACUGAGGAGGCAAUGGAAGUGGACUCUGGAGUGGUGGAUGUUGAUCGUUCCCUUCAGGGAUCUGUUGAAACUAUUGUUGGGUCAGUGAAGACGGCCACAUCUAGUGUAGACACAAUUGCUGGCAGUAGUGUUCAAAUGGAUGAAGGUCUGGAGACUAUGGCCAGUAGUACACCAAAGAACAGGACAGCCACAGAUUUGGUUAAAGAGUUGGAAGAAAGUGAACCCCUUUCACCAGAAAAUGAAUGUUCUGCAAAGCCACAGGACAAUGUACAAAUGCCUGAUGAUGAAGGGGAAAGUGCAAAAAUUAAAGUGAAGCGGAAAAAGAAAGUAGUGAGUGAGAGUAAAGGUGUAGCUGAGGAUUCGGGGCCACAGGUGAUGGACCAUGUAAACUCGGAAAGUGUUUCUGUGUUGGACAAUACAAAAGUUCCUACCAUAUGUGAUAAUGUGAAAAAUGACAGCUCUGUUACUUUGGAAGCUGCCAUGCAGAACAGUCUGAUAGGUGAUCAUAUAAAUGCUGAAGUUAGUGAAACAGCAAGUUCUGUUGGAGAGUUAGAUGUGAAUGGUGUUAGUAUAAAUGGUACAUCAGCUGCUGUGAGUCCUCCCGUUGAUAUUCCAAAGAAGAUUGGUACCAAAACAAGAAGAAGUAAAGGUGAACUUAGUUUAGGGAAGUUGGGCUCAGGAUCAGAGAAAUCAUCUGGUGCAAACACGCCUGAGGAUACAGCUUCACCUCCUUCAAAACCAAUGGAACGGAGACGCUCAAAAAUAUUUGAGACAGCUGAAAAAUUUAAUAUGUUAGCAGGUGCUGAACCAAAAUCUCCUACACCUGAAAAAGCAAAGAAAGUGUUCAUACCUGGCGUGAAAGUUAGUGAUGCAAAAAGAGCAUUUGAAAAGAAAUCAUCAUCUGCUGUUUCUCUACCAAGCUUAGCAAAAUCUUCAUCUUCUAAGAAGACUGAAGAUUCAAAAACUGAAAUUUCUGACAUAGAAAAUUAUGAAUCAAGAGUAGAAGAGAAUAAUGCAUUUUUGAACAACAAAGAUGCACUUCCAAUAACAAAAGCAAUGAAUGGUGAAGAAGAAAUUGUUGCAGUACAAAAUGAGACAAAUGCUGUUAUAAAUGAAACAAGCAAGAAACUGUCCGAUUUGGAGCUGAAUGAUCAGCCGGUGCCAUGUGUAAACGAAUCUCCAGCAGUAUUACAAAAAGAAGACUCACUGAAAUUCAUUCCUCCUUUGAAAACAUCUGAGAAGCCCAACAAACAAGAAGAAGCCCGAAUAAAAAAGCUGAAAGAUGCUGUUGAAAUAAUCAGCAAUGCAAUUACUGAAGGGCAUCGUAAAGAAGCUGGAGCAGAUAACAUGAAGAAAGGGACAGCCACAAAGCCUCCUGUACCUGUUCCACAGGAGCUUAAAACAAAGACAAAAACAAUGAACAUUACAACCCCACUUUCUCCGAAGUCUCCUCCCCUGUCUCCUGUAGAUCUUCAGACUGAAGUUCCAGAGAGAAGAACAGACAAAGAACCUGAUAGUAACGAUUAUGCUUCUGGGAUGAACACUGAUGCUGCAAAUAGAAAGAAAUCCUCUAAAGUAGAAAUAACACUGAAGUCAGCAACAUUACCAAGGAGAAAAACCUCAAAAGCAGAGAUUCGACUGAAUUCACCCAGUAUUGCACCUGCUGGUUUUCAUACUGAGGUAUCUCAUAUGAUUGAGCCAGCAGAGCUGACUUCUCAGAGAUCUGAAGCAGCAUUCCCAGUUUCUGUUGCUGCACCUAAACAGCCACCUAGAUCAGUUUCCCUGGAGCCUGAAGGAAGAGUCAGCAAGCCACGAGAACACAUCAUUCCUAUUCAUGUGGAGGAAGGAAAUGCAGUGCGGCCACCUGUACCCCCCACACAGCAGCGAGUGUAUACUUCUCAGAGAUCUGGGAGCCUAUCUCGUCAGAGCACUCAAGAUUCAGAUACGGACAGUACUGUAUCAGUUGGGCCAGAACCUAUCAGGAAAUCUCCACGUGAAUACAUCAUUCCUAUAGCAGUAGAAGGUGGAGGAUAUGUUACACCAAGGGCUGGUAGCUUGGAGCCAUCUAUUUCAGAUGAAAACAACACCAAACCUAGACAACGGAAGACAAGUCGAUUUGGUAGACACCGCAGAAUGAGCGGGCUGCUCAGUGAUGCUAGUGAGGAUGAAGGGUUUAAUAGCCCAUUUGCCACACUCCAACGUCAUAGCUCACUGAGUCGAGAUAAGGAACCUGAAACACCUGAAGAAGAGAAAGGCGCAUUCCACAUGCACAGACUUAGGAGCUCCAGGCCAAAUAGAAGUACACUAGAACGUAAUGAUAGCCUCAGUUCUGCAGAAGAUGAUGACGAUGAUGAUGGCUUUGAAAUUCUUACUGCUGAAUCCUUAUUCUCAACUCUAUUGUCAAGGGUUCGUAGUUUGACACAGCGCCUCAAUGUGGAAGAUGGUGCUCGACCAGGUUUUCCUACCAGCACUCUGAUGAGCCAGCUAAAAAAUGUUGGUCGCACACCGCCUUCACGUUUCUGGAAUAGCAUGGGAGAACCACUUUCAAGGAGGCUCUCGGAAACUUCACAUUUUUCAAGACCAUUUAGUCGGGAUCAGGAUAUUCCAUGGCGUCGUAGUGCUAGUCGAGAUGUGUCCGACUCUGGUAGCGUGUACAGUGACAACAGUGGAACAGUUCCAAGAGGUGCGGCGCAGCCGAGCAGCGGGACCGUAGACGGCGAUUUCGGCUCGUCGGAGCCAGCUGCACCUGCGUCGCCGUCGCCCUCUCCGUCGACGUCGUCGAUGUCGAUGCCGCAGUACACGCCCAGCCUGAGCCGCCGCAUGCUGCCCGACGCCGGGCGCCGGCUGUCGCGCACCUCGUCCGUGCGCGACGAGCGGCUGCUGCCGGCGCGCUGGUCGCCGCAGGUGGACGCCUCGCUGCCGCCCGCGCCGCGCCGCAGCGGCUCCGGCUCGUCGUGCGGCUCGCUACCGCCUCUGCCGCUGCCGCUGCCGCGCCGCCGCACGCUGCUGCCGCCAGUCUCCUACCGCGCCAGGGAGCGGCUCUCGGUCGCCGGCAUCGACGACACGCUGGAGCGGAUCCGCGCCGAGCGCAGCGCGGCCGGGCUGGGCGUAGGGGCUGGUGCGGGCGAGGCGUUUGCCGACCGCUACCGGCCCAGCCACAUCCCCACCGUGUCGCGCUUCCCCCGGCGCUCCGCCUCUUUCACCCAGGACUACGACUACGGCCGGAGGGCCUUCGACAACACCGCACCCCAGGAGCACAGGCGCAGCGAGGCGCACUCCGCCAACUCGCCGGAUAGGUCAGUGCUGGGAAAAUUCCUGCGCCAAGACCCGCACCAGCCCGGCGGCCCUGUUCCGGAAGAGAAGAAGACUGGUAGCACCACUUCGGAGUCCGCCGCCGCCACCACCUCCGAGGGAGUGGAUGCCGUGACGAAGAAAAAGACACGCAAGAUAUCGCGCUUCUUGCGCCCCGAUUUCUUCGACACGCCCAGAGAGGAAAGCGUGUACGCCAAGGAGAAAGAGGCGCAGAAAUCGGCGGAGGCGGAAGCUAAGAAGGCGAAGAGGCUGGCUAGGCGAGCUGCUCUGCUCGAGAAGAAGCAGGCAGAAAUGUCUAAGGAAACGAAAUCUGAGACCAAAACGCCCGACGGCCCGGCAGUCGGCGCCCCCCAGCAGAGUCCUGACGACGCGUCAGCUCCCGAGUCUAGCGGUGUCGCCAGCGGAAAACCUGAAACCGGCAAGAACCGCUUCCUGCACUCGCUCGAGAAGAAACUGGAGAAGCUCCGUUCUGGCGGUGGAGACACCGCAGUGUCGAGUCGCGUGGAGCAGGCCAUCAACUCGCUGAGGAAGCAGAGUGCGACGACUGAUGUCCCGUCUGAGUCCGCACUGCUCAAGCGCGCCGUCUCUGUCGACGACGUCCGCCUUCCGUCGUCCGCGAGACCCGUCUCGUCGGUGCUCGGACUGCUGCGGCGAAUGGAGGGUUCCUCAGGUAGGAGGACGCAGUCUGUGUAUGCCGGCGCCACGAGCGAUACUGUGCUAUUGGGUGACUGUGCCGCCAUAGAAAAGCAGAAGCCCGAGAGGAAGAGAAAGGACGCAAGCACGACAGCCUCUCUGCACAGUGCCGAGCCCUCGGCAGACCAACUUUUACCGGCAGUUGCAGGUGGAAUCGGGACUAAGAGGGAUCACAAGGUGCAGCCGAACAAGAGCACCAGGAAGGACGACAUCUCUGACCAAACUCAAUCUGACGGGAAGCGACAGACACAGAAGAUUCCCUUUGGGGACCAACGUAACCGUAAAAAGGAAAACGUGGACGUUCAAAAUCCAUAUUCAGAAGAUAAAAGUGUCACUAAGGAUACAUCUACGAAUGACAAGUCAUCAAAAACAACAGAAAACGCAAAAUCAUCAUCAUGUGUAAGUUCCUCAAUUUCAGGAGCAGCCAAAUGUAACGAGAGUUCCAACACACGUGAUGUGCUGACAUCAUCUACAGGCGCCCAUCGCCAGUCAGCAAUCAGCAAUGCCCCUCUGAAGGUAAAAGAAGAAAACAUUUCCAAAACUAAAAGUCAAAACGCGAAGGAUAACGACGCUCUCACAUGCCCAAAUGCUGAAACAACUACAUCGGAACAGAAGAGUAUCAUCACCAAGCGAGCUCCCAACCAGAAAGCACAAUAUAACAAAAUAAAUGAAACUGUCAGACCUGUCUUGAGAGACGAUAAUUACAACUGCAGUAGUUACGCCACUGGGAGUCCAGGAUAUGCGCCACGACUAUCGAAAGACAGUAGCAACACCAUUGUUGCAGGGAACCUGACUGCUACAGAGUCAGUUAAACGCCAACUCGAACAAGGAGGGAAUAUAUUCAAUGAUGUUUCAGCAAACAGUAACCGGAGGGAUAUGGGGAAGCUCGCACUAAAUUUACCAAAGAUAGAGCUGCAAGGCACCAACCACUACUCUCAUCUAAGUCCCCUUGGCCAGGAGGAUUACGCAUCAACACUAUCACCGGCGGAUGAGUCGGAAAGCAUUGAUUCUUGGUCCGUUUGCUCCGAUUUGGAAAGUCGUGAUUUCUCCCUGUCCUCUUAUCCAAAGACGCCAUCUCCUGUACUGGAAGACGAAACAGUUGAAGAAAGGAUACGUCGCAAGAGUUUCUACACACGGUUCAAUGAUAUAAGGAGGAAAAGUCACAGGAAAUCUUCCUCUGGACAUUUACUGGGGCUAAAAGAGAGUGUCUCAAGGAAGUCCAGCUUCUCAGAUGCGCCGUCGCUGGCUAUGCAUCCAAAGAAGGCCACACGCAGCCAGUCACUUUACAAUCCCAGCGACAUAGAAGCAUUUACCGACAGUAAGGCCACUACCUACGACUCGGGAUCAGUUAUGCAAGGUGUGAACAUCAUGAAUGCAACCACGCCAUCCGCCCACAUCAACACUGGCGUACUGCAGAAUGGAUGUGGCAAGAAGGAAUCAGCUCCCUCAGAUGCAGUUAACAGUGAUCGCGAUCCGCAGUUCGCUGCUUCAGCGCAGGACAGUGUCAGGCGUGAGAGUAGCAAGACCUGUCCUGAAAUUAAUGGCCAGAAAGAGGAUUCCCUUGAAAUCCGAACUGACAAUCAUAGGAUACCGACAGUUUCUCGAUCAAAACUGCCGACUCUCGACAGGAUGAAAAAGAGUGAAGUAGGUAGUGCUAAAUUCAAACCAAAUAAGUGAGAAGUGCAGCAUAAAAAGGACUACUUAAAGUUGUUAAAAAUAAAAAUAUUACUUUGCAUUGUGCAUUAAAAUAUUGUCUGCAGCAGAAGAAUGGUUUGAAAACAAAUUGUUGACGUUGUUGAAUCCAGUACUCUUUCAAAUUUGAAAUAGAGUUUUUAUAUGCAAGUCAUUGUUUCUAAUUGUGAUAUUGGCUGUUAUAGAUUUGUCAGAUUUACAUUUCGAAGCGUUUCAUCAUCUAUAGUCACAUGUGCUAAGAAAGGAAAAAAACUUUAAUAAAUUUGUAU